AUGACUGAAACUGAGCAAAAGCAGGGGGCGGCAGAAAUGAGUCAGCCUACGGCCGAAACCAGCAAUUCGCAGUCCAUUAGCACGGAUCAGGAACGCCACAAUCACCAGGAAUGUCAGGAUCGCCAGGUUCCCCACGAGCAGGACAAGAACGAGGGAUACUUCCAAACGACCUCCCCAAAUGAACUUUCAGCACAGCAAGGAACGUCUUCGGCUUUUUUGACGCCGUCUAAAAGCUGGCGUGGUGAUACUAAUAUGCGUUUGGGCACACAGUCCCUCAUACAGGUCAUACAGGCAUUCGCCCGCCAUGCUGAUGAUGAUAGCAAUGACGAUGAUGAUGAGGAGGUACUCGAGGAUAAAGCACAAAACAAUAGCGUGCUAAACCAUUACUCCUCACUGAACACAGUACAUAACGACACACAACAUCAAGAAGCUGAAUCGUCUACUUCCACACCUGUGACAGGUACCCCUCACGAAUCUGAAAAAGAGGAUUCUGAUAGCUCUGAUAGCUCCGACGACACUGCACUUAAGAGCAAAUCACAGUCAUUGAAGAAAAAGUCCACACAGAGACGCAGAACAUUGUCAAAGAAGCUGGCAGAGAUCUUCAAUUUGGAGGGUGAAGAGGAAAUUCACGCAGAGUUUAGAUCCUCUCUCCUCGGAUCAAGCUACAGACCACUGCUAGAAGGUUUCUUAUAUUCAACAGACUCCUUCUUGUGUUUCUUUGCACACGUCCCCUCACCUGCGAGGGAUAGUCUCGUUAAAAAUGGCCCAAUCAGUAAACGCACCCUCAGGACGAGACGUGUUAUCAGAUACUGGCUUACCCUGAAAAAUGACGUAUUGAGCUGGUUCGGCAGCGAAACGGACCCUUAUUUCCCAGUCGGCAACAUAGCGCUCAGGUACGCUAUCAGCAGCGUCACUGUCAAGAAUAGUGAUAGGGAAUUCGUUGUCGUCACUUCUGAACGCAAAUUUAACUUCGUGGCUGAUUCCAAGGUUGGUAGAAAUGAGUGGGUCAAGAUGAUUAGAAAGGGUAUCUUUAGAUCACAGAACGAGUCUGGAUCAUUCAAGCUUGUCGUUCCAUAUGACCACAUAAUCAACGUUGAAAGAUCGUCUAAUCUGGAAUUCGCUGAUAGCGUAGCGGUCAGCUACAUAAAUAACGAGGAUGGUGCAGAUUGCUACUACUUUGAUCACUUUAAAGACAGUCAAUUUGCCAGUAACACAUUGCGUCAGAUAUUAGAUUCGUAUAGACAGAAUGUCCAUCGCAUAUUGUCUAAUGAGACUUUGACAGAAUCUCCAUCCAAGAUGAAAGGAGAGGUCCUUGAAGGAUCUGAAAUGACAGCGAGACCGGCGUCUAGCGCACAGAGCGAUCAUACUUAUCCGCCACAUAACCGCAACCGCGAUAGAAGUCGGUCAUUAACCUCUGAAAUUCCUUCAUGGAUCAAAUCUGGUAGCUUGAAAGUUGGUAAAGCGGUAUACAGUGCUCCACGCAUGAUUCCACACCCACACUUAUCGACCAUCUUACCUAAAUUACCGAAUUUACCAUUUCUAAAUAACAAUAAUAACAAUGACGCUAAUAGCAAUAGUAAUAAGCAACGUCAACAACCUCAACAGCCCCAACAGCUCCAACAACCUCAGCGACCUUUGCCUAAUCCAGCUAUCAGCGGUACUUUAAUGAGAACCAAUAGUAGAGUAUGCGAAACAUAUGAAGAACCUUCGAAUAGGAGCGCUCAAAGGUCGAGAUCUAGAAGUAAUUCUGCUGAGUCUGAUGAUGAGUUUGAAGAUGUUGGUAGCGAUUUCUCUGUUUUGGAGCACAGCGAAGGCACGGAGGAUGUGCUUCGAGCCGAGGAAGAUAUCCAGCAAAAAUUCAACGCUUUCUUUGCUUUAUCCGAGGAAAGGAUACUUGGUCAUUUCAAUUGUGCCUUGUUUAGAAUGUAUCCUGUGCCUGGUAAAGUUUACAUCACGGACAAUUAUCUCUGCUUUAGAUCAUUACAGAUGCUAGGCAAGACAAAGAUGAUAUUACCAUUAAGUGAUUUACAAGCUGUUCAACCUCACAAACCUCUUCGUUUCUCGUUCCAUGGUCUCAUCAUGAUUAUACAUCGUCACGAGGAACUCUUCAUUGAAUUCACCACCGCUAACCGUCGUGACGCAUGCGAGAAGCUACUCUCCACGCAGCUCGAUAGGCUUGUAAAGAAUCCAGCUCUUCGACACACUCAAUCUUCAAAAGGUCUUAAAGAAGCUCAAAUCAUCGAGGAUCUCUCGCUGUCAUACAGACGCCCAUCACAGACGGCGCCUGUGCCCGAUGAAGAUGGCUUAUCAGCAUCAACAUCUGUAGUCUCGUUUCAGCCAACUAAGCGGCUCCGUAUUACAUGUCUCACGAUCGGUAGUAGAGGUGACGUGCAACCGUACAUAGCGUUGUGCAAGGGACUAAUCAAAGAGGGACACGAAUGCAGAAUAGCGACGCAUGGAGAAUACAAAGAAUGGGUCGAAGGAUCUGGUAUUGAGCAUAGGGAAGUGGGUGGAGAUCCUGCCGAGCUUAUGCAAAUCUGUGUUGAGAAUGGUACAUUUACGCUGGCAUUUUUAAAGGAAGGUCUAUCCAAGUUCAGAAACUGGCUUGACGAGCUACUGAGACGAUCAUGGGAGGCUUGUCAGGAGACAGACGUACUGAUUGAGUCACCGUCAGCUAUGGCUGGAAUACACAUAGCUGAAGCUCUCAAGAUACCAUACUUUAGAGCAUUCACUAUGACAUGGACAAGAACAAGAGCUUAUCCACAUGCGUUCGCUGUACCCGAGCAUCGAAUGGGUGGAUCAUACAAUUGGAUGACUUACACGAUAUUUGAUCAGGUCUUUUGGCGAGCUAUCUCCGGACAAAUUAAUAGAUGGAGAAGAUCGACACUGGGGCUGAAAGGUACGAAUUUGCAAAGAUUGGCACAGCAUAAGGUUCCAUUCUUGUACUGCUUCUCUCCAACACUAGUACCCAAGCCGCUUGAUUGGAAUGAGUGGAUCCAUGUCACUGGUUACUGGUUUAUGGACUCAUUCAAUACAAACAAUGAAGAAAACAGGAAGGGAUUGGAAUCGGAGGAUCACCAAGAUAUGCUCGAGUUCGUAGAUGAAGGUCGAAGACUGUGUAAGAAGGUAGUCUAUAUUGGUUUUGGCUCGAUUGUUGUUAGUGAUCCGGACGAGAUGACAAGAAUUGUAGUGGAGGCUAUUGAAAACGCUGGCGUCUAUGCCAUUCUUUCGAAAGGAUGGUCGGAUCGAAUGCACACUGACAAGAAGAAAGAAGAACCUCAGCUACCAAAAUGUAUCUUCUCAAUUAAUACAGUCGACCAUGCCAAGCUUUUCCCGCUGAUAGAUGCAGCUGUACACCAUGGCGGUAGUGGUACGACAGGCGCCAGUUUAAGAGCAGGACUUCCAACGGUCAUUAAGCCGUUCUUUGGUGACCAGUUCUUCAAUGCUGAUAGAGUCGAGGCUGCGAAUCUGGGCGCGAGUGUUCGCAAGCUUACAGUAGACACACUGUCUAAAGCUCUCAAGGAUGCAACCACGGACAAGAAGCAAAUCGCGAAUGCUAAGACUGUGGGUGAGAAGAUAAGAAAGGAAGAUGGCGUAGGUACAGCUAUCAAAUGUUUAUACAGAUAUAUGGACUACGCUCAGACAGUGGUUACAGCAAGAGCGAAAGAACACGACGACAUACAAGACGACAGUAACAUGGAAAAUCACGAUACUGAUGACAACGAUGACGAUUGGACGCUGACAUCUGAGAAUAUAUCAGAUGGCGAGAUUCACGAUUCUGUGGGCGUACUCUCAUUAGCUUCGAACAUAGGCAAGCGAUCGCUGGGAGUUGGCAAAGAUCUUCUUAGUAAGAAAUCAUGA